AUGAGCGUGGACCACCCAGAAGCAGCAGUGCCGCCAGCAGCAGCAGCAGCAGCAGCAGCAGCAGAUGAGGCUAGCCGCAGCCCGUCGGCUUCCAAGCUGUCUAGGGCGAGCAGCAGACGCAGCAGCAGACGCAGCAGCAGAGCCAGCAGCAGACACAGCAGCAGACGCAGCAGCAGACGCAGCAGCAGGAGCCAGGCUCGCAGCGCCAGCCCUGCUGCUGCUCCUUCUCGUGGCAGCAGCCCGGGCCACCGCAGCCGCAGCAGCAGCCGCAGCAGCGGGAGAGACAGUGCUGCAGCAGCAGCAAGCGCCAAGGGCAGCCCUGCUGCAGCAAGCCGCAGCAACAGCCCCAGCCCCAUCAGCAGGAAGAGCCGCAGCAGCAGCAGCAACGGCAGCAGAAACGGCCGCCGCUCUGUGUCGGCCAUCAGCAGCAACGGCUGCCGCAGCAGGAGCCGCAGCAGGAGCCGCAGCAGCAGCAGAAGGAGCAGCAGCAGCAGGAACGCAGCAGCAGAAAGCAACCCAGCGAGCCGCGCCUCCAGCAGGGCCAGCAGAGGCCAGCCGCAGCAGCAGCAAAGGCAGCAGCAGACGCAGCAGGAGCCGCAGCCGCAGCAGCAGCAGACACUCCAGCAACAGAGAAGCCCCCAGCAGGAGUCCCAGCCGCAGCAGCAAGCACAGCGCCAGCCGCAGCCCGAGUGCAGCAGCAGCAGCAGAAGCAGCAGCAGCAAGCAGGAGCCCCAGCGGCAGCCGCAGCAGCAGCAGGGAGAGUGCUGCUGCCAGCAAACGGAGCCACGGCAGCAGGAGCCCCAGCGGCAGCGCUGGCCGCCGCAGCCGCAGCAGCAGCAGCAAACGCAGCAGCAGCAGCAAACGCAGCAGCAGCAGCAGAAGCCGCAGCGGCAGCCCGCAGGCCAGUGCGAAGGGCAGCAGCAGGAGCCGCAGCAGCAGCCCAAAGGCCAGCGCAAAGGGCAGCAGCAGAAGCAGGAGCCCCAGCAGCAGAAGCGAAAGGAGCGAGGGCGGCAGCAGCAAGAGGAGCCGCAGCGGCAGCAGGAGGAGCAGCAGCAGCAAGAGCCGCGGCAGCAGCAGCAAAAGGAGCCCCAGCAACGCCAGCAAACGCAGCAGCAGCAGCAACAGCAGCAAACGCUCCAACAGCCCCAUGGCGACAGACCAGCCAAGCAGCAGCAGAAGAAGCCCCAGCGGCGACAAGAGCCGCAGCAACAGCCGCAGCAGCAGCAGCAGCAGCAGCAGCAGGAGAGGCCGCAGCCGCAGCAGGAGCGGCAGCGGCAGCAAGAGGAGCCCCGGGGGCAGCGGGAGCGGCAGCAAAAGGUCCCCAAGCAACAGCAGCAGCAAACGCAGCAGCAAACGCAGCAGCAGCAGCAGAAGCCGCAGCGGCAGCAACGCCGCUGA